UUGGGCAUACGGACCAAACUAACUUCCGGCAUACCUGAAAUUAAAAUCACUUUUAUCAGUCUGUGCAAAUCCCAAUCCAAGGAAAUGAGCGCUUCCUGUGGUCACAUACGCUUAAUAACAUAUGCCGUGACGUUAGUCUCGUAACUUUUGAAAGUUUUUGAUUAUUGUGCCAAGUUCGUAGCCUCUUCUUUGUUGCAGCCUGCAGCACCUCAGUUUUAGAAAAGAUGGCGGAGGAAGAAAAGAGCACUGAGCCUGCUAAAGACGACAACGAACUCAAAAUUUUAAAGGACCUGGUAGAUGACUUAUACAGUUACAGGGAUCAUUAUUUUGACACUCGCAGCGUGGAGGAGGCAGGAAGAAAACAACAAGAUGUCAUGCAGGAGCUGGCAAAGACACUGAAAAGCCUGGAGGAGAAAGAAGAAAGCUUGAAGCACAAAGCCGAGUUUCUGCUGCAGAAGGGAAGGUGUCUUAAUGUCGCCCCUGACUUCAGCGCUGUCGCCGAGGAGUGCCUGUCCCGUGCCGUCAAGCUGGAGCCUGGCCUGUUAGAGGGAUGGAACGCACUGGGCGAGCAAUACUGGAAAAAGGGCGACCUCACCGGUGCCAAGAACUGCUUCACAGGGGCCUUGCAGCAGAGCAAAAACAAAGUGUCCCUACGGAACCUGUCUAUGGUCCUGAGGCAGCUUCCGGCGGCGGACAGCGAUGCACACAGCAAGCAGGUUCUGGAGAGCGUGGACAUGGCCCGGCAAGCUGUCCAGCUUGAUGUGGCAGAUGGGACAUCCUGGUACAUUCUCGGAAACGCCAACGUGUCCCUAUUUUUCACCUGUGGUCAAAAUCCACAGUUGUCCCAACAAGCUCUCAGUGCUUAUGCACAAUCUGAAAGAGUAGACAGAGCGGCUGCUUGUUACCCAGAGUUGCAUUUCAACCGAGCCACGCUGUUCCAGUAUGAGGAAAUGUUCGGAUCAGCGCUUGAGGGCUACAGCCGUGCCGCCGCCCUGGACCCGAGCUGGGAGGACCCCCCGCAGAGAGAAAAGCAGCUGCUGGAGUACCUGGGGAAAGUCUCAGAACUUGUUGAGAAUAAGGGCAAGGUGAAGGCGCGGCGCCUGCGGAUGAUGCUCUCCAACCUCAACAGAUCAGCUUUGGGCCCAUGUUCAUCCCCCCAGUUCCGCUCGCCAACAGGCCGCGUGGGAAGCUUGGAGCUGCAGGCGCUGUCCUCUCUCACACACGGUCACAACGGCGCGGUGGCGGCCAUGGGGAAGGUGGUGUUCAGUCUAGCGUCUGAGGGUCGCAUGGCCUUUACAUUCGGCAUGGUGGACAGCGAGGAGACGUGCAUGGUGGUGAUGGUUUACAAUACAGCAGACAGCUGGGGUGUCCUGAUCGGAGAUACUGUGGUUAUUCCUGAACCUCAGGUCAAACGACACAGCAUUACACAUAAAGACACGUCCUUUGACUUUAAGAGUAUCCGUGUGGACUCUCCUCUGCUCCUCAUCGUCAACGGCAAGAAGCAAAAUGUCCAGAGUCAGAUUGCCACCACCGUCAGCUACAAGCCUCAGAGUGAAUGAGUCAAGAGGACCAAAUGCAUGCUGGACAUGAAACAAGAUGAUUACAGAGUGAUCAUCACACGGCUUUGGCUGUAGAGAGACAUUUGUGUUUAUAGUCUUUAUAUUUAUUGUCUUAUUUUGUAUCAUGUUUUGAGGGAGGAUUUUUUUUUUUUAUGUGAAUGAACAAACUAGACUGCUGUGGGGGUCGACCAGAAAAAUUACGAUGAAACAUAACAUGUUGUUUAGUAUGUCGACUGUUUUAAGGUUGUCAAACACAUCAGUACAGCAGUGGUCUCCAAAGUGCGGCCUGGGAGCCAUUUUGGCCUGCAGUUUGUUUUUAUCUGCUCUUGAUGUAUUCUAAAAAUAAAAUCAAUUCAUCAAUGAGACAUUUUAUUAGUUGUUACACUAAUUUGCUUUGCAGCACAUAAUAAAAAAACCUAACAUAGAAACCUGAUCAAAAUUUUAAAACCAGUAGAUAAAUUAAUAAACGUAAUUUACAUUUACGUUUGAUCUCACCAAGGUUUUAAGUAGAGCUUCAAAAUGCAAAAAGAAAAAAAUGCAUAAUUGAGUAAGUAUUUUUUUACAAACUACUGAUCCAAGGUUUCAAGGCCCCCAAGACAUCAGUUGAUGCCCUACAUGAAGCCAUUUUCAUUCUCGCUAGCCUGCUGGAAACACUGGCAUCAAGCAUUCCCAAAACAAUCUUUGUGGUAAUGUGCAGUGUAGCUACUGAUUACUUUUUAACUUUAUUUCUGUUGGUGGUCUUAAACUUUUGAUCAGGAUUUAUAUUGGCCAAUAUUGGAUUGGAUUUCACAUAUUUAAUGUGCAAGAUGCAUCAAAUUGGAUUGGUCAUUUUUAAACAUGUACUUGUACUAUACUUCAUUGGACAAUCUGUUCAAUGAACCACCAUUGGUGAUAGAUGCUAGCUGGUUGUAGUGGUGGUCUUAUAUUUUUUGGAUGAAAGAAGAAGAAGGGGUUCAUUAAUUGGUGGGUGGCCCAACGGCCAUUUUUCAUAUAGAUCAUUUUUUACUGGCCUUUGGUAUCUUCUAAAAAUAAAAUGAAUUUAUUAAUGAGACAUUACACAAAUUUUCCUUUUGGACAUUAACACAAAGCUCAGAUAUGGGAUGUUUUGUUUGUCUAGUUUAGUUUAAAUUGAUCUACAUUGGAUUGAUUUGAGCGUUUUUAAUAUACAAAAUGCAUAACAUUUCAUGUGGCCUUCAGAGGAAAAAGUUUGCCCUCCCCCACUACGGAGUUCUUGAUAUGCUGCUACUCAAGAUUGUAUCACAAUGAUAUCACGAUAUCAAGUGUGUGAAGGAGCGAUAUUGCAGGUCCUUUCUUCCUGCAGCUGUCAGGCUGUACAACCAGCACUGCUCCCAAUAGACUUCUACACCACUAUGUA